GGGGCUGAGGGCGGUGAGAAGAUGGCGGCCAAAGGCGGCAGGAAUGGGCUGCUCGAUAAGCCUAUCUAGGAAGCUGUUGGUUUUAGGACAUAAGCAGCUGGAUUAAAAACUUGAGUUUUGGCAGUGAGAUGGAUGCGCCGUGCUUCAAUGCCAGGCGAACCACGCUGCUGCCACAAGCAGAGACUCCCAGCUGUGACAAACACCCUGAGUGGAAGAUUGACGACAAACCAGUGAAGAUUGACAAAUGGGACGGCUCAGCUGUGAAAAACUCCUUGGACGACUCUGCCAAAAAGGUCCUCCUGGAGAAGUACAAAUACGUCGAAAACUUCCGCCUGAUCGAUGGGCGCCUCAUCAUCUGCACCAUCUCGUGUCUCUUCGCCAUCGUCGCUUUGAUCUGGGAUUACCUGCACCCCUUCCCUGAAUCCAAACCUGUCCUCGCGUUCUGUGUCGUCUCGUAUUUUGUGAUGAUGGGUAUCCUGACCAUCUAUACUUCCUACAAAGAGAAGAGCAUCUUUCUGGUGGCUCACAGGAAGGACCCAGCUGGGAUGGAUCCUGAUGACGUCUGGCAGCUCUCCUCCAGCCUCAAACGGUUCGAUGACAAAUACACCCUGAAGCUGACCUUUAUCAGCGGGAAAACCAAACAGCAGAGAGAAGCUGAGUUCACCAGGUCCAUCGCCAAGUUCUUCGAUGCCAAUGGGACGCUGGUGAUGGAGGCCUACGAGCCCGAGGUCUCCAAGCUGCACGACAGCCUGGCACUGGAGAGGAAAACCAAGUGAGCCGACCUCCGUGGAGCUCAACACAAUAAAGGAAAGCAGUAAAAGAAAGCCAAUUGCUUCUAAUUUUGUCUUUUUGGUUGUUUUUUUUUUUUUUUUUUUUUUUGUCCUGAAAUCCUCUUCCCCUUUUGGAUCAAUGGGGAUUUGAAGCCCCAAAGUUGUGCUGAGCUGCGCCCUCCUAUGGGGAUGGGUUUGGGGACCCCAGGGUGUGGGGUGGGGGGGGAUUGCUCUGUGCCAUGUGUCCCACUGGGAGGAAUUCAGGACAGAAAGCCUCAGCGAAACCAACAGUCUGUUGUUUGCAAACGAGUUCUCUUUAUUUUUAUAUUUAAUUGCUCUGGGGGAUUGUUUUUAUAUGAAACCUUUUAGGGCCGUGGGAAGGAGCGGCGUUCUGCAGCUGCCUCGUCGCUGUGUGUCCGACUGCGUUUUCCUCUCGCGGUGUACGAUGGGCCCCGCUGGAAAAACGGCCUUUUUUAAAGCGCUUUUAUGUUUUCGUUUUCAAUAAAAGGAACGAAGCGA